CCAUGUGCUUCCGAAAGGUCCAAUGCACUCGAUAUGCUUGCGGUCAUGACACCCCCAACGCGGAAAGUCUGGUGGAUUGUCGCUCCACUCGUUGCCGCUAUAGCAAGGAGCACCCGGUGGGUUGCAAAACUUGCUCCACUUCGUGCAAACAGUGGUUGAGACCUGCCCAGACGGUUGUGUCUUUUCUAUCGCCUCUCAACUGCAUCCAUUGCCGUCGUUAACUCACCCCUCAAUUUUUGGCCAGUUCAUUCGCCAUCGGACUUCUGCGUUUCGUGUAUGAUUACUGAUAUAUUUCCUCGCAGCAUGGUCUAAUUUAUAUCCUUUUUAUUGUUCAACAUUUAUGACCAUGCCCAGGACAUCUAAAUAAUUUUACGCCUCAGAUUUUCUGUUUACUACAAGUUGACUAUGUUACUCUCUGUACGCGUGGUACAUAAUUUAGCGAUCAUUAUGGACA